CGGUGCGGCAUUCAUUCACGGCUCGCGAUGCUGAGCGCAUGACACGCCGAGACGACCGCUCCGCGCUCACACGGCCAAGUUUACGCGCGCGCGAACGCGCGUUUGUGCUGUACAGUUCGUAAUACGCGGCUGCGUUUCUAUAUCGUUGGGAUUCCCUGGUUGCAAGAUGUGAUUGUUGGUUGAGGAAGUUAUUUUUGUUUCUGUUCUUUGGUUUAUUUUGCGUUCGAUUCGAUCAGUGACUGGUGACUGGAAGACGUUGUUGUGAACCGUUGGAUCAGUGCGCAAUAAACGCGAUUAUUCACGUUUGUUAGAUGCAGUGUUUUUUUGCAUUUCUGGUGAUUCAGGAUCUCUUCACUGGCGCGAGACCCGGCGAUGCGGACGUAAUUUAUGAUGGAGAACCGUGCCUACGAGGAUGAGGCAAACAAGGCGGCGCAUCACCAGCACUACCACCACUAUCAGCAGCAGCAGCAGCUCCUCCACAAGCAUCAGCAACAUCAGCAGUUCAAUCACAUCAUGCACAGUCACCCCCAACAACACCAACAGCAACACCAUCCCCACCACCAUCCGGACGACGAGUUCUCCCACGAUCCGCCUCAGAUCUCUGAGGGUAGCCACCACCUGCACCAGAAUCACCUGGUCCAGCCUCGCUUCGACACCUACCGAGGUCUGGAGAUGCCCCAACACACGGCCGACUGUCACGUCUACGAGGACAUCGUCCCACCUUACGGACUCGCAUUGGAACCGGGUGGAGGCGGGGGCGGUGGUUUCCAGAGGAAUCUCACGCUGCCCCUCAGGAGGACCAGCCAGAGCUGCGAGUCGAUCGAGACCAACCCUCAGAGCUCGUCCGUACGGGUUACCAACAGAGAGCGCACCAGGGGAUCGGUGAUCGAUCGGCUCACCAGGGACGACAGGAAUCGCGAUAGCGGCCACAACGACAGCAUCGUCAGCGGGACGAGCAGCAACAGCAACACGGAUCGUCCGCAGCGGAGGAGACGUAAGAAAGAUUGCAAGCACUGCAAGAUCAAGGCGAUAGCGUGCAGCGCCGAGGAGGCGAAACAGCGCGACGAACACGCCGUCUACGAGGAGCGCAGUGCCGAGUUGCGGGCAAUCUUCGGACUGCCCGACGUGGGACUCUGCAGACUAGCGCCUGGAUGUCUCAGCACUGGGGUCGUCUAUGCCAUCGGCUGCAAUGGCACCGACUGCAGCAACGGUCUAAUGAACAGAGGAGCAGCCGGCGAUGGGCUGCAGCAGUCGUCGACGAUGCCGAGGUUCGCCCACGUGCAGCCGCAGCCUCAGCCACAGCAGCAGCAGCAGCAUCAGGAUGGCACCACCACCGGCUCGUCGUUGUGCGACGACAAGGCUCUCAUUACGCCACCGCCCGGCUCCAAAGGAUCCAACCGGGCUGCCGGUAUGAAGGUCAACUCGAUCUACGCUCAGGAGCACUGGCACGCAGCCAAGGACCCGAGGAUCUUCCUUAACGACCCCAAGGAUCAGAACUCGCCCUUCCAGCGAGCCUACUCGGCGGUGUCGGCGAACUCGCCGAGCUCGGAGAACCGGGCGAACCUACGUCGCAGCGUGCGCGACGAGCCCGCACCGCAUCCAGCUCGACUUCGCAAGCACAGGCACGGCUGGACGCUCCACUUUGGCCGACACGUCAACGGCACUGCCUGUACCAAGUCCCUCGUGCUGGUACUUCUCGUCUUGUUCGCGCUUCUCGGCAUUGGUGGCAUCGCACUCUACAUCGUUUUUGAGCCCGAAAAGUUACACGUGAUCCAGCAGUAUCUGCGCUCGAGCGCGCGGAACUCGACGUCAGGUCGCAACGGUAGCCUAAUCGGCCCGGACUUCGAGGAGCCGGUCUUCCCGACGUCCUUGCCGACCUCAUCCUUUCUCGAUGCAAUUCUCAACGCGUCCGUCUCGUCGUUGAAUAAUAACAACGUCCCGGGUUUCGUCAACGACGGUGACCUGGACGACACGCCGAUAUUCGUCACCGCCUGGACGUCGCCUCCGUCGAGUAGCACGUUGUGGACUACUGCGGCCAAAUCUUCGACGACGAGAACGAGUCUGAAUAUGACCUCGACAACGCAAUCGACGGCGACGACGUCAACGACAACAACGGCGAGAAGCUUCCUGGAGGCGACGGCGAGGCGACGGAGGCCUUGCCACGAGUGCUACCCCAACGAGGUCUGCGUGGCGAGGAACGCGGACGAAGUGCCUUAUUGCAGAACGGCUGUGAAUCCGCAGGACGCGAGCGGUUGCGCUGGAUACUGCGACGACCAAACCCAAAAGUGCCAUAAAAUUGAGGGCGGUGCGUUCAGAUGCAUGGAAAUCGAGCACCAUUGCCUGGACGACGAGUGGACGUGCAAGACCAUAUUCUGCAUCCCGCUGGUCAAGCGCUGCGACGGCCAGAUGAAUUGUUACGACCACUCCGACGAGUAUAACUGCGACUGUAAUCUAGAGACGCAUUUCCACUGCGGCAAUCAAACUUCGUGCCUUCCACUGUCGAAGAAGUGCGACGGACACGUGGACUGCUUCGACGCCUCGGACGAGGAGAACUGCACAACAAGUCAUGAUCUUGGUAGGCUCUGCCCUUCGACGGACGAGUUCACGUGCAGGAACAAGCAGCAGUGCAUCAGGAAAUCUCGUUUCUGCGACGGCUACCGCGACUGCAAGGACGGCUCCGACGAGCCGGUCGGCUGUAAUGGUCGAUGCAACAAACACGAGUUUACCUGCCACAAUGGCAGAUGCAUUGACAAGGGCGACAAGUGCAAUGGAAUCGACGACUGCGGUGACCGCAGCGACGAGCAACACUGUCGAGAGCGAUUGUAAAAAAGAAUGGAAAUAAGAAGAAUAAAAUAAAAAAUAAAGAAAAUCUAUCGCGUUUCCUCGCUUACGAAGCAUUUACGGCACACAGACACGCUGUUGAACGAACAUUAUUUUUUACGUGUUAAAUAUUAAAUAUAUAAUGACGCUGAGCGCAAAUUUGUACUAUAAACAGAAUUUAAGAGAGCCGGCAAGUCAAAAAGUCGUGACUUUUUACAUCGCGUUGUUAGGAUAAUGUCGCAGUAUUUCAAAUUAUGAGAAAAAAAAGUCGCGAAUAAUAUAUGCGUGUUCUAUUGUAUAGGUAGGAAUAGCAAAUUUUAUUAUUACUAUUAUUAUUUCUAUUAUUCUAACUAUUAUUAUUAUUAUUAUUAUUAUUAUUAUUAUUUGUAUUGCUAUUAUACAUUAUUAUUCGCAAAAAAUAUAUUAAUGCUAUAAAGAAGGAAAAUGACUAAGCCAGUGUGAUUUUUUGUUCUUAUUAUUGUGUAUUUGUUUCUUAGUGACUUUUCUCAUUCUUACACAUAUACAUGAAUACGUGAUUCGAUUGUAAUGUCUUAUAUAAAGAAUCGAUUUUUUGUAUAUUAUACUGGAUUGUACAUAAUAUAGUCGAAAAAAUGGAAAAAUAAACACAAAUGACAAAACAAUAUUGCGUUAUACAUCAUACCAUAGAACUUCAUUUCCUUUGAAGACAGUGUAAAAAAAGGAACGCCGAGAAAGCUUUAUAUUCUUUUCGUACUCUAGAGUUAUUAGGCUCAUUAUCUUCUUUGACAUAUUUACAUUGUACGAAUGAAUCGAUCUAUAUAUAUAUA